AUGGAACUCAGCAUAAUAGGGAGAAUCCUGCUCGACCUCUCCCUCGUGGGACUCGUCUACGCCGCGAAACUCAUCUUCUACCGCCUGUAUCUCAGCCCAUUAGCACGCUUCCCCGGCCCGCGUCUCGCCGCAGCCACCGGCCUGUACGAAGUGUACUAUCAACUCGUCAAGGGCGGCAUCUUCACCUGGCAAAUCAACCGGCUGCACGACCAGUACGGCCCGAUCAUCCGCAUCAAGCCGGACGAGCUGCACAUCCGGGACCCGGACUACUACGCGACGCUGUACUCGGGCCCGGGCACGCACCGCAACAAGGAAGCCGGCUUCAGCUUCAUCGCCUUCCCGCAAUCCAUUUUCUCGACGGAGGACCACGCCCUGCACCGCGACCGCCGUCGGGUGCUGGGCCAGUUCUUCAAGAAGAAUGCGAUCCUGCGGCUUGAGCCGGCGAUCCGCGCCAAUAUCGCGCAGUUGGAGAAGCACUUCGCGGCCUUGGUCGACACGCAGGGCUGUCUGGAGCUGCACACGGCGUUCCAGUGCUUCACCUCGGACACGCUCUCGCAGUACUGCUUCGGCCGCCAGCAGGGGUCCCACUACCUCGAACAGCCGGAGCUGUCCAACACGUGGAAGCUGCGCAUCAACUGGAUGUUCGAGUUCUGUCGCGUGAACCGCCAUCUGCCGUUCUUGGUCGUGUUGGCGCGGCGGUGGCCCGCCAUGGCGGAGCGGUUCUGUCCGCCGUUUGCGCAUAUCAUGGGCAUGGAGCAGGACGUAAGAAGCUUCGUACGCCACGCAAUCCACCAACACCAAACCCAAACCUCGACCCUCUCUCCUUCGAAAACAGACAACCACAAAGACCCCACACCCCCAAUCUACCCCAGCAUCCUCGCCGACCCAUCCGUGCCCGCCAGCGAAAAGGAUUCGCCCCGUCUCGAAGACGACGCCAUCUUCCUCAUGAUGGCCGGCACCGACGCGCCGUCCCAAGCCCUAGCCAUCACCAUGUUCCACAUCCUCGACAACCCAUCCGUCCACGAGAGACUCAAAGCCGAGUUACUCGCCAACAUCCCAGAGGUGCGCUGCAUCCCUGCGUUGGAGAGCCUGGAACAACUGCCCUUCCUUAGCGCAACAAUAAAAGAAGGCCUCCGCCUCUCCUCGAUCGUGACGACCCGACUGCCGCGCAUCGCCCCGCACGAGACGCUGAGAUAUCAGCACUGGGAGAUCCCAGCUGGUACCCCAAUAAGCAUGUCCACCUACUUCAUCCUUCGCGACCCGACCAUCUUCCCCUCGCCGACCCGCUUCCUCCCGGACCGGUGGCUACUCGCGCCGGAGGAGGCGCUGCGUCUGCAACGGUAUCUGGUGCCUGCGUCCAAGGGCACGCUGGGGUGUUUAGGGCAGAACAUGAACGCAGCCUGGAUGCACCUCGUCCUGGGCACGCUGUUCCGGCGCUACGAGCUGGCGCUCCACGCGACCACGCAGGCGAAUGUGGAGAUGACCCGGGAUAAUUUUAUUGGGCAGACCGCGCUCGGGGCGAAUAAUGUGCAGGUUAGGGUUUUGGGGGUUGUGAGUUGA